ACAAUCGCACUCUCCCCUAAUUUUCUUGUCACACACAAACAUUAACCUAUACUUUGUUUGUGUGUGUGUCUAUUUAGAGAGAGUCCCAAUAGUAAUAAUAAAAAAUGGUUGGUUGGGCUAUUGCUGUGCACGGUGGUGCUGGUGUCGACCCUAACCUCCCAACCGAACGUCAAGAAGAGGCCAAACAACUUCUCACUCGUUGUCUCAAUCUCGGCAUAUCCGCUCUUCGAUCCUCUGCUUCCGCUAUCGAUGUCGUUGAACUCGUUGUUCGAGAAUUGGAAUCGGACCCGAUAUUUAAUUCGGGUCGGGGAUCGGCAUUAACGGAGAAAGGAACGGUGGAGAUGGAAGCGAGUAUUAUGGAUGGGCAGGGGCGGAGAUGUGGAGCGGUGUCGGGACUAACCACGGUUAAGAACCCGGUUUCGCUGGCUCGGCUUGUUAUGGACAGGUCACCACACUCGUAUUUGGCUUUUUCUGGCGCCGAAGAUUUCGCCAAACAAAUGGGCGUUGAAAGAGAGGAAAAUGACUAUUUUAUCACUCAAGAUAAUGUGGGAAUGCUCAAAGUAGCCAAGGAAGCAAACUCAAUUGUGUUUGAUUAUAGGAUUCCAAUUAAUGGAUACGAAUCGUGUGGAGUCGAGGUAGAGAGCCCAAUACGUAUGAACGGUCUCCCUAUAAGUGUCUACGCCCCAGAGACAGUGGGGUGUGUUGUCGUGGACAGCCAAGGACGUUGUGCAGCCGCAACAUCCACAGGAGGGUUAAUGAAUAAAAGGAUAGGAAGAAUUGGUGACUCUCCCUUAAUCGGUGCAGGAACAUACGCUUGCAAUGUUUGUGGCGUGUCCUGCACUGGUGAAGGCGAGGCUAUAAUCCGUGGGACACUUGCACGAGAAGUGGCUGCGGUUAUGGAAUACAAAGGGCUGGGUUUACAAGAGGCUGUGGACUUUGUGAUUAAAGAGAGGCUGGAUGAAGGACAAGCAGGGCUCAUAGCCGUUUCAAACACGGGUGAGGUGGCUUAUGGUUUUAAUUGUGUAGGCAUGUUUAGAGGGUGCGCUACUGAAGAUGGGUUCAUGGAAGUUGGCAUUUGGGAAUGAAUUGGGUUUCAAUCACAGCCAGUUAACUAGUAUCUGUUGAUUUUAGUUAAUAAGUUGCUGGGCGCUUAGUUUCUUAUAUUUUCAUGUGUUUGUUUAUUUGUAACUUUUUAAGAAUAGUCUUAAUCCAUGUUGAAACUUUUUUUCUUUUUAAAUAAAAUUGGUCGAUAAGUUAUUUUCUUUCUUCAA